AUGGCUCAACAACAACAUCUCACUUUGAACCGCACCGGCGACAAGAUGCCUUUCGUUGGUUUCGGCUGCUGGAAGGUCGAAAACGAGGCUGCAGAGGAGACCGUUUAUAAUGCUAUCAAGGCUGGUGUCAGAUUGAUCGAUGGUGCUGGCGAUUACGGUAAUGAGGUUGAGGUGGGUCGUGGCAUUAACAAGGCCAUCAACGAGGGUAUUGUCAAGCGUGAGGACCUCUUUGUUACCACCAAGCUCUGGAACACCUAUCACCACAAGGACAAUGUGCGCCCUGCUUUCGAAAAGCAACUCAAGGACAUGGGUCUCGAUUAUGUCGAUCUUUAUCUCAUCCAUUUCCCUGUUCCUUUGAAGCACGUUGCUUUGGAAACCGCUUAUCCACCAGGCUGGUAUCAACCCAAUGGUGCCACCGAGGUUGAGUUUGAACGCUCUCCCAUGCAAGAUUGCUGGCGCGAGAUGGAAAAGAUUGCCGAGUCUGGCAAGGCCAAGAACAUUGGUAUCUCCAACUUUAAUGUCCAACUCAUUUUGGAUCUCUUGACCUAUGCCAACAUCAAGCCCGCUGUCCUCCAAGUCGAACUUCACCCCUAUCUCCAACAAACCCGCCUUGUUGAAUGGGUCCAAAAGCAAGGCAUUCAAGUUACCGCCUACUCUUCCUUUGGUCCUGCUUCCUUUAUUCAACUCACUGAUGAUGGCAAGACUGCUGAACCUCUUCUCGGUCAUAAGGUUAUCACUGAUAUUGCCGCCAAGCACGGCAAGACCGCUGCUCAAGUCCUUCUCCGCUGGUCGAUCGAACGUGGAGUCGCUGUUAUCCCCAAGAGCAUGAAUGUUGAACGCACCCGUACCAACAUUGAUCUUUUCUCUUUCUCCUUGGAUAAGGACGACUUGGAAGCUAUUGCCAAACUUGAGCUUGGGUUGCGUUUCAAUGAUCCCUUCUCCUAUGGCUUUGGCCUUCCUCUCUUCUGCUAA